AUGGGUCAAUACCUAUUUGGAUCCCUAUCGGAUCGAGUGUUGAAGGAAGUGGAAGAAAAACAAAAACAAGCCUUGAUUCAACAGCAAUUAAUAAAAUUAAAAAGUAUGAAACGAAGGAGAGAUUAUGAAAUUGCCACAAGGCUGGCUACUACGAGGGAUAGGGUUUGGUGGUUGGGAGGAUUUUAUACCGUCAUGGGAGGUGUUUCUUUUGCGAGAAUGUUAUAUCUGAGAAGAUUUGAUCCAUUACCACUCAAUUAUUUACCAUACAUAAUAGUUCCGUUUUGGAUGACCUAUUUAGUGGAUUUUGCAUAUGGAACUAAGGCCAAUCGAAUUGACAGAGAAGCACGUAAAAUUCUCACACAAGAACAAGGUCAUUGGUUUAAUGAACCAAUAGAGAUUCCCGAGUUACUUAAACCACACUAUCACCGAAUAUUUGAGGAGAAUAAUCGAAAAUUAAUUUCAGAAGGAAAGGAGCCUGAAAAGCAUUGGGCAAAAUAA